AUGUCUUCUGUAGAACUUCUUGCUCAGUGGGUGGAUGUCACGGUUCUGGGGGAAGAACCUUUUGUAGAUACUGACUUUAUCACCAAUCUUCGCACUCAUCAUAGGAUUUGUGCUUCUGAUGAGGAUGAGCCGAAAUACGAACUGGCUGCCCCAGAAAUGGUGAAGAAAGCUUCUGCCUCCUCUUAUCAGAAAGUCCAGGAUGCUAAGAAAAGAUCUCGGGCGCGGGUGGACGCGGCAAGGACCUCUGGCGAUCUUCCCCCUCCUCCUCCUCCUCAUAAUUUGGGGACUUCCUCCUGUCCUAUUAUGGUAUCCUCCUCCUCUACUUCUUCUCUUCCUUCUCCUCCCCCUCCGCCCCGACCUUCCCCUGAACCUAAGAAGAAGAAACGGAAGACCUCUGGUUCUUCUUCCGGGGCUGCGUUUGAUGGUCCUCAAUUUGUCUGA